UCAAUCAUCAGUUUAUCAGUUUAUCAAUCAUCAGUUUAUCAAAUCCUAAAUUUGACUUUAAAAACAAACAAGUGUUUUUCCUCUCUUUGUUAUAAGCAGCUUUAAUUCGCUGAGGAAGCUUAGUUAAACAUAUUUAACUACGUUGACCAUGAUGCUUUGCGCCCAAACUUCACUUCCUGGUUUCUCGGUCGCCUGGUUUCCCGUUACGAGGAAGCUCAUCGGGUGACUCAAGAUGGAGAAUUUCAGGCAGACGUACCUGCGACUGUGUAAAGAUGGAGGUGUGAAGCCUCAGGAGAGCGUGGUGGUCCAGCUUCAGGAGAGCAGGACAGCUCACAGCUCCAGACUGGACCUGAGAGGACUGAGUCUGUCUCCAGAUACCUGCUCUGCUCUGGCCAGCGCUUUACAGCAGGACACUGUCUUCACAGAGCUGUUGCUCAGUGACUGCAUGCUCAGUGAGGAAAGUGCCAAAAUCCUCCUGACUGGACUGUUUGAAAACACAACUGUAAAGGUUCUGGAUCUAAAGGGAAAUAAUCUCAGGUCAGUGGGGGCGGAGGUUCUGGGAAGCUUGCUGGCGACUAACAGAACUCUGCGUAGGCUGGUGUUGGAGUGGAAUGGUUUGGGCAUGUGGGAAGAAGCUUUUUCACUCUUCUGUGACGGUUUGGCCUCCAACAACACGCUGGUGGAGCUGGACCUACGCAACAAUCAGAUCAACCACCAAGGAGCUUCUCAGCUUGCUCUGGCCCUCAGACGCAGCGGCACUCUGCAGGAGCUAGAUCUAAGAUGGAACAACGUUGGUCUUCUGGGUGGGAGGGCCCUGCUAGAGUCACUUCAGAAGAACAAGAGCAUCAUUCAGCUGCAGCUGGCAGGAAACAACAUCCCCAGUGACAUACUGAAAGCUCUCGAGCAGAUCACAAGACACAACACAGAGAGGCAGUCCUCUCUGAGAGAAAACCACAGCAAAACCCAGGUCCUCAGCAAAGAGAUCCAGUCACUAAAGGAGGAGAAAGGUCGACAGUUCCUUAGUCUGAUGGAGACCAUAUCGAAGCAGAAAGAGGAAAUGGGACGCUCCAAUAGGUCAACGUGUGUUCAGAUUGGUCAACUCCAAGAAACCUUGACUGAGAGGAAGAUGGCCAUCAACGCUCUGACUGCCAAAGUGCAGAUGACGGAAGCAGCCCUCGCCCUCGCUGAGCAGAAAAACCAGAGCAUGGGAGACCUGCUGUCUCGACUGAAGGCUGAGAAAGAAGAACAGAGAGAACAACAGAUCAGACUGAGGAAGAAAGAAGAAGAGGAAAGUGCACUCAGAGAGGGAAAACUCCAGAGAGAAAUUCAGAACUUGAUGGAACGCAAUGGUCAGCUCAGAAAUAAGGUGGAGGAAACGGAGCGUCGGUGUAAGUCUCAGCAGCAGCAGAUCUUUGAGCUGAAGCAGAAAUUAACUAACAGCACAGCUGAGCUCAAGAUGCGACUAACACAGACUGAAGAUCGUCUGGAAACAGAAAAGCGGAGGUCCAAGCAAGUCCUGGAAGACGUAGAAAGUCUCCACCAGAAGGAGGUAGAGCACCUGAAUCGUCAUCUGGAAGAGAGUGAGAGAGCUCUGCAGGAACGCAUCUUCAAACUUGAAGCACAGCGGAUUCAACUUGAGGAGGAGCUGAGCAAGGCUAAAGCAGCGAGUGUGACAGAGAAGGUCCAGGCAGGGGAGGAGCUGGGGAGGACCAUAGCUCAAGUGCGUCAGGAGGAGCAGGAACAUGUGACCUCCCUGGAGGAGAAGCUCCGCUCUGUGCGUUCAUCCAUGCAGGAGAUGCAGCUCCGCAGCUCGCAGCAGAAACAGACCAUUUCUGAGCUGCAGGCCAAGAACAGCCAGCAGAGCGUGGAGAUGGACGGCUUGAGACGACGGAUAGAUGAGCUCCAGCAGGAGCUUUCAGGCAAAGACCAGGAGAAGGUGGCCGAGGUGAGCCGUGUGCGAGUUGAGCUGCAGGAGCAGAUUGGGUUUUUACAGGCUGAGAGGACGGCUCAGGAGGGCCUCAAAGCUAAGAUCAGUGCUCUGGAGAGAGAGCUUAAAGUAAUCAGCAGUAAUCACAGAGAGGUUCUUCUUGACAGAGAAAGUGAGAAGUCUUCCUUGUUGGAGAAGCUGCGGCUGAAAGAGGCAGAAAUCCAGAGAAUGAGAGAGGAUGAAGCUCAUCGAGCCAGCUGCCUGCAGAGCGCCGUCCUGGCCUACACUCAGGGCUCACCUGUGGGACACUACUGCAGCCCGAACAAAUGACAGACAGUUCAGUGUGGCUCCACCCAGGACACGUUAAAACAUUAUGUUCUGAUUCCCUGCGCUCAAAGACACCUCAUUAUCGACACGUUAGAUCAGUGAUAGACUUGCUUUGUACAAAGAGCUCUAAAACAAUUUUACAUGCUGUUUUUUACAAGGACGAUUUUAUGCAAAAAUGUCCAAAUUUUGUUUAAAAUUUUUUUGUAACGCAAAGUUCUGUUUUAAAUUAUUUUUUAAGAUUUAUUCAAAAUGUGCUGUUUUCAGAUCAAUAAAGAAUAUGUUUUAUUAUUAUUCACUC